GCAGUGAUCGUUUCAACCAAUGGAAUGCGCCAGGGAAGGGCAACAGGAAGUAAAUGCCCUCUCCUGUUAAAGGGAGCUGUCAAAGCGGCGUUCGGAUAGGGACGUUAAACAUCCGGUUGUGUCCUUAAUGGCGUGUAUAAAGUAACAUUUUUGGGGAAUUUGGGAGCUCGUAUUACAUUGGCAGAUACAUAUAUAAUUAUUUUUUAUAAUUAAAGGUGUUUUGUCAGUCUGACUUUACUGCUUGGUACGCUAACGCCGGGGGCUAGCUUCCAAAGAUGCUAACGUUAGCUCGCUUUAGUAUGCUAACACACUGAAUUUACCCGUGAAGGGUGAAUUUAGUCAUUUACGAGGAGAGGCACAAAUGAAGAAAUGAUUCAACCCACUACAUUGUUCCAACCGAUAUAACCAGCUUAACUGCAGGUAUGUAAACUCAGGUUUGGACUGGAUGUACAUUAGUCCUGUUUGAGGGAGGACAUCGGAUCCGCGGCGGUCACUGGAUCUUUGCUGUGAAAGCCGAAAGACUCGAACCCUUAAUGCAACCUUGUAUAAAUAAACAAACACACAAAAAAGACAUUAAAUCGUAGGUUAACGUUCUGAUUUUGUUAAAAUGCAGAAAAAAUGCAUCAAAUCUGUUCCUAGCCGCCUAUCACCCCAACACCGUCCAGUGUGUCAUGUUAAAAUCAUGUCAGAAAGUUUCAAAAUUAGUCCUUUUGAUUCUGUUUAUGCUACAGAGUUGUGGCCCUUGAUCAGAUUUUUGGCAACAGAAGCGGAUUUUGGCACAAGAGCAGAUGUUUGAGACACAGGUUUAACCUUUAACUCUAACUCUUUUAAUAUUUAUUCAAUUUUAAACUCAGAAUACAGCACUCACACCUUCGCAAUAACACCUUCGAGUGAGGCUAUAAUGUUGUGUUAUGAAGAGAAAGCUUAUCUGUUUUAUCACAUCUUUAAGAAAGGCUAUGAGAUGGACAUUUUUAAGACUGAUGAUUUAUUUUAGGACCUAUGGCAAACAACACUAUACUAAUGUCGUGACGGAUCUGUCUCUGACAUAUUGCAUUACUUGUCCAACAGCUUGAUCUACAAUCAUAGAUGAUGGCAGUCACCAUAAUCAGAUGACUUUCACAGGCGCUGCUGGUUGUCAAAUGCUGAUCACAUGCUGUGUUUUUUUUUUUUCUUCUCAGAAAUAUUCCCAUUAUUGUAAUCAGCGACUCCACACACACACACACAGAGCUUCUGUUCUGAGUCGAAACUACAAUUCAUCAGUUUUAGGUCAGAGUGGAGAAGUCAUUUGUAGUUUUCCUUUUGUGUUCUGUGAAAUCAGCAGUUGACACACACGAAAAAAAGAGCCGAGUUUACAUUGUCAGUGUUGUGUUUAUUUAUUCUUUUAAGGAAGUAAGCACCUGCUCUUGGCCUGCAGGCUGGCUGUUUCCCUUGCACAGCAAUAAAACCACGUGAAUUUAGCAGUAUAACACUUCUUUCAUGGCCUAAGAAAUGGAGUUAUACAAAUAAUCCCUGCAUAAAACCCAGGACUUAACUUUUUGUAGAGGUUUUUUUUUUUUUUUUUAUAGAGCUGCAAGUAACAAAGCUGCAAGUGUAUUAAUUGUUGAUAUGUUGAGCGGAAAAUCUUUUGUCUAACCCUAAAUCAAAUUGAAAAACAAGAUUUUUACAACCAAGAGUCUGUUAUGUUUCACAAAUAGAUAUAAUUACAUUUAUUUAGCUGACAAGUUUUAUACUCCUCACAGUCGCUGCAUUAAACUUUGUGGAUUUAACCCACAACUGUGACACUGAUACAUACAGAUCAUCUGUUGGAGACAAAAUUAACUUUAAAACUUGAAGUGCUGUAAUGAGACAUAAGAGCUGUUAACAGGAGAUAGAAAAUUAUUUUCAAACCACUAAUUUUACGGCCAUGAAUCAACCUUUAUUCUUACUACAGCCAGGUUAUAAAGUAAAACAGCAAAUGUUACACACUGUUAUAAACAUCUAAAUUCUUAUUUGACUAAUCUUUUGUUUUCUGUUCUCAGUCAUCUGCUUCUAGCAAGUGAAGCUCACAAGCUUUUCAUAGCAUUUGACUGUACAUGUGCAUUUUCUUACUUAAGAAUCUUUAAAAAUGUAUCUGUGACUUAUUCUUUCUCAUGUUCUGUCAUUGUUUUGGUCACAAUUUCUCCAAAACAGCUACUUUACUACAGCUGGUAAAAUGAAGUCAGUGUUAUUUAUUAUGAAGAAAGUCAUGUAACUUUUGGAAGUGUUGAAUCUCACUUCAAGGAUUGACAGACAUGCAUUGCAUUUGAUGCUGGAAGUAAAAGUUGGAAGGUUUCAAUGAUGAUAUGGAGUGAUAAAAGUCAUAGUCAGUGGUAGGUAAAAGUAGAAAUGUCCAAUGUCCAGUUUCAUGUUAACUCUUGUUGAAAGUCCAUCAUGAAUUUCAUUAUCUGAUAUUCUUUUCAAAAUCUCUCACCAGUUCUGUUUUGAAAUGAGGAUCACAAGACUCCAACUCUGAGGACUCAGAGACAUGAACUCCGUUUCCCCCAGUGCAGCACAGUACGUCGGGGGAGUGAUGCAGGAUGAGCUGGUGGAGAGCCGACGGCAGCAGCCCCUGGAGCGGCAGGGCAGCUUUGGACUGCGGCCACCUCAAACACAAGAUCCGAGCAGGGAGGUGAGCGGGGAGCCUGAUGAGAUGGACAAACUGAAAGCCAAACUGAUGUCAGCGUGGAACAACGUCAAAUACGGUUUGUAAUCUUGUCCUGAAGGAUGAGUGUGUCUGUCUUUUUACGGGUGAGUGAUCAUGUUAUGGAAAUGUUUGUAUAAUUUUUCCCUGCUCCUCCUGUUGUAGGGUGGACCGUGAAGUCUAAAACCUCCUUCAACAAAUCAUCCCCUGUUAUUGUCCUAGGACACUCUUACCUGCUGAACAGUGAAGGUGAGCCCUGAAUACACAUAUUUCACCCUUCAUGUUAAUCUUAGAAAAUGCCUUUCAGUCGCUGCAGUAUUCGCUUCAGUUGUUGAAAAGUGCAGACCUCAGGAGCUGCAGCUGGUUAACCACAGCAGUUUCCCCUCUUCCUCUGUAAAGGCAUGUUUGGUUUACCUCAGUACAAGAUCACCAAAAUAAAUUUCCCCUUUAAUUUUAUGUCACUGACAUGCAACAUUUUCUCCCGUCUCUGUCUUGACCUGUUGUCCUCGUCUCAGAUGAGGUGGAGCGAUUUCGACUGGCUUUUGUGUCCAGGAUCUGGCUGACUUACAGGAGGGAAUUCCCACAGUUGGAGGGCUCCACGUGGACCACAGACUGUGGCUGGGGCUGUAUGCUGCGCAGUGGGCAGAUGCUACUAGCGCAGGGGCUUCUGGUUCAUUUGAUGCCAAGAGGUUUGUUUCCAUGAUAUUCAUCCACAAAAAAAAAAAAAAACGAGUCAUUUUUGUUUACAAAGAUGUGAGGGAAUCUGUCUUGGGUUAUUCAGAUAGAACUGCCCUUUUUUCAUUUUAGACACUUAAGAUUUCUUGAUGUGGGUGAUCCAUGUUAUCUUCUUUUCACCUUUGUCCCUUUUUGUUGAUGAAAUCUUGCUAAGCUUAAAGCCCCAGAUAAAGAAGAAGACCCAGGAGACUAUGAAACAAACAUUGUAGGAGCUGACAUAACUCAAUCAUAGAAAAAAACCUUUAAUUAACACAAUUUAAUGCCUUGUCAGUUCUGUUGGAGAUCAAGACUUGCUACCAUUUAUGAACCGGUUUAACGAGGGAGGUCUGCAGAAAUACACUUAUACGUACACAUCAGAUUUCCUACAUAGAGAUGCAUUUGGGAAGAAAUCAAUUCCAGUUGAUUCAUAAUCAGAGAUUCAAACAAUGAAAUGCAAAAAAAAGAACACAAAACUUAAUUAAAAUCAAUAAAUAAAAUAAAUAAAAAAAAAAUUUAGGGCCAUUUUUUCAAUCAUGUUUCAACCUGAUAAAACCAGACGGAACAUAAAUCAGUAAGUGACUAUUUUUCAACCUGUUUCAACCAAAUCAGAAUCAGAAUAAUUUAUUAAUGGCCACGCAACAGAGUUAGUUGAAUUUGUUUUUUGGUACUGCACAUCAUGCACACAUCUCCUGUGUCAGAUACAUACAUGCAGAAAGUGUUCAAUGUGAGCAUUGAGUAAUGACAUCAUUUGACAAGACGGGUCCAACCCCGAAGCCUAAAGUGCAUGAAAUUUGAGUUUUGCCUUUGAGACUGCCUAAGACUAACCCUAAUGAAAACUCUGGAGCCUUAGGUGUGUAGGAGGAGUUAUUGACAAAGGUUGCAGGUCACACAGCUCACUAAGAAAAGCCAAAAAGCCCACCUCCUCCUGUGCCAACCCCUCUGACCACACAGGAGGAGGAAACCUUUAUGAACAACAUGAAAUUAUUCUAAAAGUUGAUUCAAGAAACUCUGAUUAUAUCCAAAUAGAAUAUCUCAGGGAGUCAUUGUAGGCUCCUGCUUUUCUUCUGUCUUCGGCUCCUACUUUUUUAUUUUAUUUUAUGUAUUUGGUAUCAAAAGAUGUCUGCUGUCUGAUUGUUUGUUGUUGAAUAAAGAAGAAAUUUAAGGAUUUAAGAUUUAGCCUCCAUGUUCUUUGUGUUUUUAGAUUGGGUUUGGCCGGAUGCUCAGCAGCUAACCGAUGUGGACUUUGAGGUGUUCAGACCCCGCUCCCCAGCCCGAGCUGGAGGGGUUCCCAUCCCCUCCUUCGGCUCUACCCGAGGGUCCAGCACCCCUGAGAAGUCCUCGCCAAGUGAUCAGGCACCCAGAUGCAGCCAGAAAAAGAGACCUGAAUCUGUAAGGGACAGGCAGGCGGAGCCCAUCCACCAUAAAGUGGUAACCUGGUUCGGGGAUCAGCCCCCAGCACCUUUUGGGGUUCAUCAGCUGGUGGAAAUCGGCAAAAGUUCAGGGAAGAAAGCUGGUGACUGGUACGGCCCCUCUAUAGUGGCUCACAUCCUACGGUAAGAACACCUGAGGAUGUUUUUUUUCUUCUUUUGCAGAAAAGGCUGCAGUUUAUAUUAUCAGCUGACUGAAACUUUAAUUCAAGUCAUGAUUUGUUUUUAGGAAAGCAGUAGCCAAAACAUCUGUUGUCCACAACCUGGCAGUCUAUGUGGCUCAGGACUGUACAGGUGAGAGCGCAUCAACAUAUAAACAAUCAUGUCUCCUUUGACACUCACUUGAAGGUGAUGUUGUUUUCUGCUUAGCUCUAACAUACUAGCUUCAUCCAUGAGUUUGAAUAUGCUUUCUCCUCUUGUUUCUCAUGCACUGUAGUGUACAAAGAGGACGUGGUGCACAUGUGCGACCUGUCAUUAGACCAGACUCCCCCCGAUUCAUCCAGCCAGGCCUGGAAAUCUGUCAUCAUUCUGGUCCCUGUGCGGCUGGGAGGGGAGGCCAUCAAUCCAUCCUACAUUGAAUGUGUAAAGGUCUGACGCCGUAAUAACAAUGUUUGCUAAAGGGUUUCUCUACAAUCUCUGAGAUGGUUCUGAGUUUCUUUGUUGUCGUUUCCAGAACAUCCUGAAGCUGGAGUGCUGUAUUGGAAUCAUUGGGGGCAAGCCAAAGCAUUCGCUUUAUUUCAUGGGCUUUCAAGGUAAAGAAAAGAAAAUGUUGUUUGUAACUUUUGUUAGGCAUCACACCAACUCACAAUUAUACAGAAGGGUUAGGGUCAUCAUUAUUAAGACAAUUUCAAGAUUGAUCCAUUUCUCUUACAGUAAGAAUUUACCACUUAAUUAGAAGUUUUUAUACUUCUUGCAACUUCUACUUUUACUUUACUAAAAAUAAAAUGGGUAUUUUUAUCCGGAUAGAUUUUCCCUCAAAUCUUCGUUACUACGUGAACAUGCGGUAAUUUAGCUUCAUAACCGUGGAUUUCCUGUAAGUGGACGGCUAUUAAUGAAUAAAAAAGUAAGAGGUUAAAAACUGAGGGUAGGGAUUAUCAAACCUUGAUGAAGUAGAGGAGUUUAAUUUUGUUCUACUUUAACAUAAGUUGUGCCCGAGCUAUCUAGAAGUGAACUGGUGAGCCCUAUCCGACUGCUUUAUCUGGGCAAUUUGUCUGUGUUACACUUAAGAGGUUUGUUAUUUAUGGUGCCGACAUAACAACAGCCCAGGGAAACCUAAUUUAUUUAAGGAGAGUGGACAACAUGAAGGACAAGUGAACUCUGACUUACGCUCCAUAAGUUUGCUCUAUGUGGAAUCAUAUGCUCCUAAAAAUGGGGCAGAUCCAAAACAAACAAAAUUGGAGGACAUAUGUCCAUGUUUUUGCUGGACUGAAGUGUUAAUGUGCCUGUUUAAACGUCACAAAUAAAUAUAGAAUUAUUUUUAAAAAAAGAGGAGUCUAGAAGUAGUAGAAGAGGAAGAGGACCUCCCAGGAGGCUCUUUUCCUCCCUGUAUGUUGCUUUAUUCAGCGUCACUUUGCCUCUGUCUCUCCUUCAUUUGUUUCACCACUCAUUUUGAACUCUCGAUGUUCCAGCAGGAGAAGAGGAGACAAAAUUAAUCAGGACACUGAAAAAGAAAACAGCUCAGGCAUUUCUGGUUGUUACAAAACAGCAUUAAGGGUAAAAAGUUGGACACGGGUCGACCAUUAAGUUGCUGUACAUCUCUCUUCAUUACUCCAGUUUUAUGCCGAUGUUUAAUUAGCAAAUUGUUGUGUGAUUGCACAGCAGGCUGUAUAAUUCAGACGGACAGCUACCCGGUCAGUCAUCAGGUCAGUCAGUGCUGAUGGAGAAUUAGGAGAGGAACGAGAGACUCAGGCGGAUGAUAUAUGUGGUCUUUUGUAACUCCCACUCAGCUGAGUCCUGAACUCUGUAGUUUUGUUGACUGAAAGAGAUGCCUCAAAAUAAUGUUUACUCACUUACUCACAGUGGUCUGUGCCUGAGGCCUCCAAAUAACUGAAACUGGUGUUUUACAGUUAUAAAUAAAUAUUUGUUGUAUUCAAAAUUUUGAACAUUUUUUCUGAACGGCAUGUACUUUUACUUUAAAUACUUAAGUACAACUAAAACCCAUAUGUGUUUGAUACUUAAGAAAAAAAAACAGAUAAUUAAAGAAUUUAAACUUUUUUUUUGCACUAUUUAAUAAAUGUCGGCCUUAAAUAAUUUGCAAACCAUCAAAGUACAUUUUCAACAACACUUUAUGGCGUCUCAACUCUCUGGUAUUGGGGUUGUGUUUCAUCCCAGUCUUUUGAAGACAGGCUCUGGCCUUAACAAACUUUUAGCCAUGCCGAAAACUUAAAAUGCUCAUAAACUGUUAGUAGUUGGAGUUGGAUUUAGGAUUCCAUCUCAGAGUUGGUCCCAAUUGAAGGUAAAAUUUGCCCCAAAUACAUCUGUGAUUCUUACAGCAGCAAGUGAGUACUUCUUGGUAUUUUGUUCAGGCAUUUUUAGAAAAGCAGCUGUUGGUUUCCUUUUCCUCUUUUCUGUUUAUUGAAAUACUGAAAACUACAUCUCGUCAAGCAUGAUCUAAAACUAAAGUAUUGUUUAGCUCUGUGUGAAAAGGCAGGACAGACCUUCAUGGAAAUCUUUCGAACAGAUGGAAAUCUGUCAUGUUUAUAAACCCUUUUUUUCUUGCCAGAAUCUUUGUUUUUCGAGAUGUCAAGACCACCUUCUUUGAAUCAUUAAUGUCUGUUGCAUCAGAGUGAAACUGUUUGCUUAAUAGUAAAACUUCAGAGACCUUAAACAACAGUUGAGAAAAAAUUCCUAAAUUUGGAGAGAACUUUACUCUUAACUCUGCUGUUGUGGUAUAUAUGUAUAUUAUCUAGAAACAACUUCAGUAAGUACGGUGGCAAAAAUCCUUGCUGGUCAGUCAUGUGAGGUGUGGAGACAGGUUUGUUAAAAUAGAAAUAAGACUUUUGUCCUUCUUAAAACAAACAAAAACAGCUUGACGGUGCAACCAUUGCUCAGGGAGCUCGGACCCUGUGAACCAGAAAGUAACACUGUCUGAGAGAGACCUCUUUAAUCAUUGAUAUCACAUAACUGGAAUUUUGAUUACUUGUCGCAAGGACACAUAAGAAUGGAAAUAGGAAAAAGGAGUAAAAAUAAGAGAUUCUUUUCUACCUACUAAACGUUUUCUCAAAAUUAAAGAUGUUUUCAAAGUUUUCUGGUUAAAGUUUACUAUGAUGGUUGACCCAAUUUUCCGUCAGCAUCUAAUGAUCUCUUAAGGAAGGUGCAGUUUCUGGUUCUGCUGUUCUGCUAACAACACUAUGGAAACAGCAAAUAUAAAGCUACCUGAGCCAUUCAUCCGUUUCUGGUAAUGGUUAGAUUUACUCACCGGUCCAUGUUCUAGUCUGUCCCUCUGACUCCUUCCUGCUGUCUCUUAGAUGAGCAGCUGCUGUAUCUGGACCCUCACUACUGCCAGCCUGUGGUCGAUGUCUCACAAGUCAACUUCUCAUUGGAGGUUUGUUCAUGUCUGUCACUCUCUAGUCUGUCUUUCUUUUUCUCUCCUUUUCUUCAUCACUGUGGACUGUGGAGACGUUUUAAGAUAUCAUUUACUCACAUGAGCUUCUACUGCUCCUAGUAAUGUGAUCUCUGUUUUCUUCUGUCGUUCCCUCUAGUCGUUCCACUGUAGCUCUCCCAAAAAGAUGCCCUUCAACCGCAUGGAUCCCAGCUGUACUGUCGGCUUUUAUGCCAAGAACAAGAAGGACUUUGAGUCCCUCUGUUCUGCUGUCAGUGUGGUGAGUUCUUUUUACAAACUUGUCUCACUCUAAAUGGGAUAGCAUUUAAUAAAAUAAGAGACCGAAAAGUGUCGGAAGCAAGUGAUGGGGGACAAAAUUCAGUCUACUGUGUGUUAAAAAACACAUUUUACUUGAACAAAAGCAAUCUCAAGCUGCCAAAUCUAGUAGACAUCUCCCAAGGAAACUGUCUUUUUAGAGCACAGUUACAGUUUUUUGUUAUAUAUUAUUUGUUAUAUGUUGAAAAAAAGGAACAUCCUGGGCUGCCUUCAGGCACACUUGCUUGAGCCAACCAUCAAGUUGAGAAGCCUUUAUUUAAUCAGGGCAUUUCUACUUGAGAGUCUUUAACAAUCAGGAAAAUUCCACCAUCUCAGAGUCUUCAUCAGGGCUCGAUUAGCGAUUUUCCUGAUUGUUGAAGACUUAUGAUUAGAGAUGCCUUGAAUAAAUAAAGGUUUUUGAUUUUAUCCUUGACUCAAGCAAGUGUGCAUGAAAACAGCCCUGUGAUGGUACCCCCUCUUUCUUCUGAAUUCACAUUACCAACAUGAGCAGACAGUAACAACUCUUAACGAAACACUGGGUCAUUGAAGGAUACAGAGUAUUCCCUGAGUUAGAGUUCGGUCCCUCUCUAAAGCUGUCUGAACUCUGUGAAGCUUUGUGUUUCUGCUUGUCAAAAGACAGUCAGAUUGAACUCCUAGGACAGGGGUCAACACAGGAUGUUAAGAGAAUAAUUCUAUCCUGAAGUACACGGAGCAAUGUGAAGCAGUACACAAAAAUACAAACACCAGAUCACUAUACAACCUCUUACUAACAGACGAGGGAUCACAGUUCUCAGCUGUCAGGAAGACAUUAGAAAUGCAAUUUAGAAUUCCUGAGAUUAUACUUCCUUUGUAGCUUAACUAUAUUUAAAAACUGUUAAUUAUUAUGUGAUUGAAGAAGCAAUUAGAGCUCUGGUUUAAUUAAGGCUCUCAAAUGUCGUAGAACCUGAUCUCCUUGAUUUAACAGCCAUGCUGUCUGUUGACAUCAGUCCAUUUCUGUUCUGUCCGUGGAGUUUUUAUUUCUGUGCAUAGUGUUUCUGGGCUAUUUCUCUAAACAAGGUUUUGUUUUUCGUUCAUCAGGCCUUGUCUUCGACAAAGGAGAAGUAUCCCAUCUUUACCUUUGUGGAGGGCCGGAGUCAGGAUUACGGACUUGAGGGUCACAGCAGCAAUCACAGUGGACCUCCAGCCCACAUUCUGCCCCCAGGGGGCAAACAUGGCAGGAGUAACAACAGAAGAAACAGUGAUGAGUUUGUCUUCCUGUAAGAAUGCUAUCUUAGCUCUUACCAGUAGGGGGCAGAAGAAGACACUUCCUUUUAAAGGAAAGGACUUGAUUCUGUUGAUGGUGCAGCUGCAAGGUGACACAUUUGUGCUUUAUCGCCUCCAAUGGAUAUUAAAAAAAAAAACUUCUGUUAUCACCUUUAGCGAGGGUGGGUAUAAUAAGCUAACAGGCAUUAGUAGGUACCGGCUGGAGCUUUGUUUUACUAGGCAAAAGGAUUUUCCAAAUGGAUGAUUGAAGAAUUUCUGAUUCACUUGAACCGACCCCACAGAGAAAAGCCUCAGAGUUGAGUGUGUUAGAGUAAUGUGAGGUGCUUCACAGUAAUGAAAUCACACGGUUUCUUUUUUUGUCCUGGAGGAAACUAGAAGAUGCACUGAAGAUGAUUCAUGGUCUUUAAAAUAUUUAAUUGACUCACUGGUCAGGGGGAGGAUGGGGGUGCCUGAAAUUGUCCUCGACUUGUAUUAUAGACCACCUGCUGUAAAUCUCCUGUUUAUUUUUCAUUCUUUAUGUGUAUUUAUCAAAUUGAUGAAAGUGCGUUGGUGUGUGUGGGUCAGUGUGAUGCAGUUUAUUUGUUAAGUCCUUACCGAGUAUUCUGCUGUAUUUAGGAGGCUGUUGCACUUACACAGAGGUUUCAAAUUCUUCUAAGUUUAAUCGUAAAAAGAUAGAGAUUCAUUUUUACUUUGCAGUCUGAUCCAAAUUCGACAUUGCUGAUUGCAGUCUUAGUCCCCCUCAUGCUUUGGCUGUCUUUUUUGAUCACGGAUAUGAAACACUUCCAGAAAUCUGUUACAGUUCUCAUUAAGGGCUACUUGAGCUGCAGUGUUGAGGGGAAAGAGAGAUUACCCUUUUAACUGGAGUUGUAUGUUUAUAAAAUUUGUAAUUAAAUCAUCUGGAUACACUAGCAAAGUAAAACCCAGAACAGGCUUUGUGACUAAGUCCAGGUUCAGAGUUUUACUUUGAUAAAAUCAUCGAGUUAUGAAGAGCAGCCUAAGAUGAAUGUUGUCUGCCUAUAUUUUAAAGCCUCGGUUGCAAUGUCAUUUCUGUGUUUUUGUCCCUUUUUUACAUGAAAGCUACUGCUGUUUGUUGUCUUGAUUAAACUUCACAACACUGGAAUCACA